AUGAACAAUUCCGAAGCUCAUCAAACAUUUGAAUCGUCACCUAUUUCUGCAGAAAUGACCAAACAUACCUCGGAAACUCCACUCUAUGAUAUGUUUGCCAAAAACAUUGAACAAUUUAUUGAUGCUGUUCAGAAAAACCAAUACAACAGACCAGCUAAUUUGUCCAAUUUGGCAAACAUGUUUUCAUUGCAAAUGUUCUUAAUUUUUGUAGUGUUAAUGUUUUCGAUAUUUUACUCCCAUCCUCCUCCUGCAUGGCUUGUCUUGUUGUCGAUUGCUGGUCUUGGAUGUGGUUUUUAUUCGAUGGCAACAAGGGAUCCACUUGGCAUGUUCAUUUACAGCCUAUUUAAUUUUAUUGGAUUCGUUUAUUGUUUUAUUUAUUUAGGUUAUGACAGCUCCAUUGCAAUGUCCUUCAUCUUGUUAUUAUUGAAUCAGGUUAAAUCUGUUGGAUAUGUCAUUGAAUUUGGAAAGGCAAAACUAGAGAAAAGACAAGUAUUCGAAGCCAACAUUUAA